AUGUCUUCCCAAAAACCCGAAGAACGUGGCGAAUCAUCGAACUCUGCCUCAAAGGCCGCUCUCAAAGCUUCUUCCAAUGGGACCACAAAUUAUGAGCUUCCAUGGGUCGAAAAGUAUCGACCAGUCUUCCUUGACGAUGUCGUCGGCAACACAGAAACGAUUGAAAGACUAAAGAUCAUUGCUAGAGAAGGCAACAUGCCUCAUGUAAUCAUCUCGGGUAUGCCCGGUAUUGGAAAAACCACCAGUGUUCUAUGUCUGGCCCGGCAGCUCUUAGGCGAAUCGUACAAGGAAGCGGUCUUGGAGCUCAAUGCCAGUGACGAGCGAGGUAUCGAUGUUGUACGAAACAGAAUCAAGGGCUUCGCCCAAAAGAAGGUCACUCUACCUGCAGGGCGCCAUAAACUUGUUAUCCUCGAUGAAGCCGACAGCAUGACUUCGGGUGCUCAGCAAGCCCUUAGACGAACUAUGGAGAUCUACUCUAACACUACACGAUUUGCUUUCGCCUGCAACCAGUCCAACAAGAUUAUCGAACCCCUCCAAUCACGAUGCGCCAUCCUACGAUACGCCAAGUUAACGGACGCCCAAGUCGUAAAGCGACUCAUGCAAAUUAUUGAGGCGGAAAAGGUCGAAUACAGUGACGAUGGCCUUGCAGCAUUGGUUUUUAGCGCCGAAGGAGAUAUGCGACAAGCCAUCAACAACCUUCAAUCUACGUUUGCCGGUUUUGGCUUCGUCUCAGGAGACAAUGUCUUCAAGGUUGUUGACUCGCCUCAUCCAAUCAAGGUGCAGGCGAUGCUGAAGGCUUGCUAUGAAGGCAAUGUUGAUUCCGCCCUGGAAACACUCCGAGAACUCUGGGAUCUAGGUUAUUCAAGCCACGACAUUAUUAGCACUAUGUUCAAGGUUACGAAAACAAUCCCUACGUUGAGCGAACAUGCAAAGCUGGAAUUCAUCAAAGAAAUUGGUUUUACACAUAUGAAGGUUCUUGAAGCCCUGUCUCCCAUCAACCGCCGCUGCAUUCUCACUCGGUGCUCGUAUGCUCUGAGCCGUGAAUACCUUGAAAAGAUGUAUCCUGCAGCACCCAACACCGCGGCACCUAUUCCCCACUUGACUGCACCUGCAACACCUCCUCUGGCAGCCUCCCAAGCGGCAUCAUUGGCCUCGUCGCUCUGCAUAGCAUCAAUCCCGAAGCCCGGUCACUUCCGCUUCCAUGACACACACUUCACCAAGAACCUUAUUACUGCUACAGUGUUGACCUCCAUUGGUUGCAUCGUCGGGUUACUACCAACGAUACACCUGAUACAUCAUCCGUCCUACCUUUGGAUGUUUCCACCUCAAAUCUGGCGCCUCGUAACAUGUUUCUUCAUUGAAUUGAAGCCGAUCAACCUGCUCUUCAACUCGUUCUUCCUGUAUCGCUACAGCGUUCAGUUGGAGAUGGGGAACCCACGUUUCCCGCGCAAGGUCGAUCUCGUGUUUUACAUAUUAUUUGUCUGCACCGUAAUUCUGCUAUCACGGUUCCUGGAAAUGAGGAAGAUCACCCCUGCACUUCGGAUCACCCAUCAUUCGCAUUUCCGGAUGAUCGACUACCUUGCCGGCCUGACGAGCUUCCUGUAUAUGAACGGCCUCAUUCUUGCCAUGGUUUACACCACUACUCAAGACCAGCGAGGCCAGAAGACACAGUAUCUCGUUCUUACCAUCCCUGCACAGGCUCUGCCAAUCUGCAUGAUUGUUGUCACCGCGCUUAUGGGAGGACCGCAGAAGGCAUUGGUCGAAAUUGAGGGUCUACUCGCUGCCCAUUUAUUCGAUUUUCUCACUAGAAUUUGGCCUGAGUUCGGGAAUGGUCCUCGACUUUUGAGAACUCCUGCCUGGCUUGAGCGUCUUGUGCAGACACCAAGAGUCUCUGCCAGAGGAUUUGGUACCGCCGUCCGACCUGGCAACGCCCCGGCUUCUGGGCGUAGCACUGGUGUCAACACAGGCCCUUUGCCAGAUUCGUGGCGGUCUCGUGGCCCAGGCCAGCGACUAGGCUGA